UAUUUUAAUGUCAUCAUUAAAUUGGUGGUGAACAGCACGGCGACCAUUUCUCGAAAGCGAUGAGAUCUGCAAGCCACGUGAAACUCGUGGGGAGAGGCGGAUGGCUGAGACGAGGACAGCCAUUUCUUGAUAGAGCUGCCAUGGAUCCCGCCACCACCAGGCCACAACCAGUGUGUUCCACGAUGGGCUUAUAUUAUCCACCAUCACCAAGGCAACUCGACAGCUCCUGCAGAAUGGCUAUCCUCAAGGCUCUUCCUGGGAUCUGCUUGCUUGUCUUGCUGUUAUGCUUGUCUUCCUCUCCGGCGGCAAGGGCAGCUUCGAAGCCCGACUACCUGAUCUUGAAACUUAUGUGGCCAGGAAGCUACUGUGCUAGCUUGCAACCGACAGGGAAGUGCUGUAUGCCGACGAAUGGCGAGCCGGCGGCGGACUUCCUCGUCCAAGCCCUGGAAACCUACGACAGCGCCACCGGUAAACCGGUCACCGGCUGCAGCAGAAGCUGCGUCUUCAAGAUACUUCCGCUGGUGAACAUGCUCGACAACUUGUACACGUACUACGCCAACCUGACCUGCCCCAGCAACAGCGGGAUGCCCCACUGGAAGGACGUGUGGUGCACCUACGGCACUUGCUCCAGCCUCAACCAGUCGCUCUACUUCGACCGGGCGCUUCAACUCAGGAAGAAGGUGGAUCCCCUCGUCAACCUGGGCUCGAGUGGGAUCAUACCGCACGCGACGAAGAGCUACAGCCUGGACGACAUCAACGACGCGUUGGUGCCCAGGAUCGGGUUCUCGUUCACGGUGGUGUGCACCAGGAAUUACAUUCUCUGGCCUUUCUUCUACGAAGACUACCUCUACCAGAUCCGCGUCUGCGUCUCCAGCGACGGGAGGUCGAUCAUCGGCUGUCCCAACGGCAGGGAGAGUAACUGCGGCGACACGGUCAAGUUCCCCCCUGUGUCGUACCCACUGCAGGGCCGUGAAGACGACGCCGUUUCCAAGACAGUGAUCGAGUUGCCCUCCGGCGACGAGAUGGCACUGUGAUGGAGGAACUGCUUUAAGCCUGUCAUCUUCUGCUUGGCGUGAUCCACAUGCAUGCACUUAUGGUGAUGUGAGCUGUCGCUUCGUCUUUUACAUUCCGAGUUGUAGAGUCGCAUCUUCUUCACACCUGCAGGAAUAAAAGUGGUCUUUCUUAAACA